CUAAGCCACAGCGGUUUUCCUGCCUGCCUGCCUGCCGAGCAUCAGAGGAGAGUCUUGUUUGAGGCUAGUGUUGGUGUAGAGCGGACGAUGCCCAAGGGAGGAGGUCUAGUCUGCUGACAACUGACACCCAUUUUCCCUCUUGGCUUCCCCAGCACAGGUGAUGCUUCAGUGAGGACAACAAAGAGCCCCCAAGCGCCGAACGUCUAACCCAGAAACAUGGCAGACAAGGAUAGCGUGGAGAAGUACCUGGAGAACAACCCGCAGUUCGCCAGGGAUUACUUCGACAAGAAGGUCCGGGCGGAGGUGAUCACCGCUGCCUUCAACGAGACCUUCAAAGUCGAUGGCUCGUUCAAGGAGGUCGCGCAGAUCCAGGAGUCCGCAAUCAUCUUCGACCUGGUGAAGGCCUUGCAGAAUGAGACGGACAUGGAGAAGGCUAUGCACACGGUGAUCCAGAGAAUAUGUCUCCUGGUAAAUGCAGACCGCUGCAGUUACUUCAUCAUGAGGGCGAGAAACGGGAUUCCUGAGCUGGCGACUUGUCUGUUCGAUAUCACCCCCACCUCCAAGUACGAAAACAAUCUGGUCAGCAUGUCUGCGGAAAUUGUCUUCCCUACUGAUAUGGGUGUCGUUGGACAUGUUUCCACUGCCAAAAAACAGAUCAACAUUCCUGAUGUCUCAAAGAAUGGAAAAUUCAGUGACUUUGUCGACAAACAAACGGGAUACCAAACCAAGAACAUGCUCAUCGCCCCUGUCUUGUCCGGAAAGGACUGUCUGGGCGUCAUCACUGCACUAAACCGAGUCGACGGCGCCGAAUUCAACAAGACAGAUGAAGAGUUCUUCACCAAAUACAUAAGCUUCGCCACCGUCAUUGCUCUUCAGCACUUCAGCAACUACAUGUGGAAUGUGGAAUCACGAAAGGCCCAGGUUCUCCUUCAUUCUGCCAGCAAAGUCUUUGAAGAACUUACAGAUAUUGAGCGACAGUUCCAUAAAGCCCUGUACACAGUGAGAGUCUACCUGAACACUGAGCGUUACUCUGUGGGUCUUCUGGACAUGACCAAGGAGAAGGAGUUCUACGAUGAAUGGCCAGUGAAAUUGGGAGACGUGGAGCCAUACAAGGGACCCAAGACUCCAGACGGCAGGGAAGUGAUCUUCUACAAAAUCAUUGACUAUCUCUUAGAAGGCAAAGAGGAAAUCAAAGUCAUACCGGCUCCUCCUGUGGAUCACUGGGCCCUUGUUAGUGGACUCCCCACCUAUGUGGCAGAAAAUGGCUUUAUUUGCAACAUGAUGAAUGUCGCUGCAGAUGAUUACUUCACAUUCCAGAAAGAGCCAGUGGAUGAAACAGGCUUCGUCAUCAAGAACGUGCUGUCCCUGCCCAUUGUCAACAAGAAAGAAGAAAUUGUGGGUGUGGCAACCUUCUUCAACCGCAAAGACGGCAAGCCAUAUGAUGAGCAGGACGAACAGAUCACUGAGGCUCUCACUCAGUUCCUGGGCUGGUCUGUGCUGGUCUGUGACACCUACGACAAGCUGAACCGCACCGAGUGGCAAAAAGACAUCUACCAGGAGAUGGUGAUGUACCAGACCAAAGCCUCGCUGACAGACGUGCAGAGCAUCCUGAACACAGUGGAUAAGUUGGGCAAUGCACCAGAGGAAUGCGAACCGAAAGAGAUGUACAAACUUCUGAGGGCCAACAUCCCAGAGGCUAAAGAUUGUGACAUAUUGGAGUUCCACUUCAGUGACCUGCCAGUGACUGAGUUUGACCUCAUUAGGAUGGGCAUCCGUUGCUUCUUUGAGCUCAAUGUGAUGGAGAAAUUCAAAAUACCACCCGAGAUCCUCACCAGAUGGAUGUACACAGUACGAAAGGGCUACCGUGACAUCACUUACCACAACUGGAGACAUGGCUUCAACGUAGGGCAGACCAUGUUUACUCUUUUGCAGACUGGAAAGCUGAGAAAGUACUACUCCGAUCUCGAAGCCUUCGCAAUGGUGGCGGCCGCUUUCUGCCACGACAUCGACCACAGAGGAACCAACAACUUGUACCAGACCAAGAGUGCAUCACCCUUGGCCAGGCUCCAUGUGUCCUCCAUUCUUGAGAGGCACCAUCUGCAGUACAGCAAGACGUUGAUGGCCGACGAUACUGUCAACAUCUUCCAGAGCCUGCAGAAGCGUCAGCUUGAGACCGUGCAACACUUGCAUGACGUCUGCAUCAUCGCUACUGAUCUGGCCCUGUACUUCAAGAAGAGAACAAUGUUCCAGAAGAUUGUCGACACUACAGAAAACAUGCCGGAGGAAGAAGCAAAGAACCAUAUCGCCAACAACCCAAUCAGGAAGGAAAUCAUCAUGGCCAUGAUGAUGACAGGAUGUGAUUUGUCAGCCAUCACCAAACCUUGGGAAGUGCAGAGUCAGGUGGCUCUGAUGGUGGCAGCUGAAUUCUGGGAACAGGGUGACCUUGAGAGAUCUGUCCUUGACCAGGAGCCCAUUCCCAUGAUGGACAGGAACAAAUUUGCCGAGCUUCCCAAAAUGCAGUGCGGUUUCAUCAUGUUUGUGUGCUCCUUUGUGUACAAGGAAUUCUCAAGGUUCCACAAGGAAAUCACACCUAUGUUUGACGGCCUCAAUAACAACCUCAAGAACUGGAAGGCGCUGGCUGAUGUCUACGAUGCCAAGAUGAAGGCCAUCGAGGACGAGAAGAAGAAACUGGAAGGGGGAGACAAGAAAGAGGAAGAAGGAGGAAAGUCCAAAACCUGCACAGUCUCAUAAACUUGUUCUGGUGGUCUGUAUCCACGGCUGGUCGAGCCAGGAGGGGGGGGGAACCUUUUUUCACGAAAGAGUCGGACAGGAGAUCAAACGCCUCUGUAGAGGACAACACUUCUUUAUCUGCUUUUUCUUUCACAUCAUCGAAUGCGUCAUCAAUGCACAGUUAGUCAAUCAGCUGGACCCAAGGGCCAAUGCUUCUGUGGUUAUGUGGCGCGGUCUCAUUAAUUACCAAACAGCAGAGGUUUCCCAAGUAACCGUGGGGAAUCGGGUAUGUCAAUUCUUAAAGCAAAUCCAGAGCUAAGUUUUAUUUUUCUUCAUCCUUUUUUUUGGUUUUGGUUUGUUUUUUCCUUUUUUUUAAAGGCAAUGAAGAAACUAAACCAAUAGUUAUUGGUUUGUGACAGUAUUUGCUUAUCUUUUAUUUAGUUGAUUUAAGCUGUCAAACAACAAAACAAACACAGAAACAAACAAAAACACAAUCACAUAAUAACUCUGUAUACCGUCAAUUAUCCUUUUAUUAUUAUUUAAUUAUUCAAGCAUCUUUGCAUCUUAGUGUCUGUCUUUGAAACUGCACAGUGUAACAGAUAUACUGUGUAGUGAAGUAGAAAUGUUUCUGCAUUCGUCCUAAAAAGUAAAGCUUAAACAACGCUCUGGUUUUAGGCACUGAAUUUUGCCAUCAUUUAACUGGCACUUUAUCGAUCAUAACUAGACCUGUGGCCAUCAUGUUCACAGCAUAGGGACGCAACAGAGACUGGUCUGAUAAAGAGGGAUAAUUUCAACCUCGUUUCUCAAAGUUUUCAGUACGUUUUCAACAUUUCUUUGGAGGGCUGGUGUCACCUACUGGUAAUAAUGGAGUGAUACAAAUGUACAACAGACAGCAUCCAAGUACUUCAUCUCUGCUCAGUUAACUAAAACUGUGAACGUAAUUUAAUUUUUUGAAUCAGAAAAAAGAACAGAGAUGUCAGAGAUGACAAAUAUGACCGUUGUUCAAAGAAUAUAUUUUUAAUGCGUUAUCAGAUAACACUUUUGUACUUUUUGUCUUUUCAAAAACUACCAUAAUGGACAUAGAGCGGGACUGAAGGUGCUAUUGAUGGCGCUCUUGCACUGAGGAUGGCAGUCGUGCCACCGUAUACAAACGUAGUGGGCACCUUGGUGGGCACAGGCCGUGCCACUUUAUAUAGGCGAACGAUCGGACACGUCGUUUUAUUUCAAAUAUCUUAAAUCAUUUAAAAUUAUACGAAGCUUAGGUUGUGUCAUAAGGACAGUGACAUUCUAUAUAAUUUCAAAUAUAACGUACAUCUAUUAUUUAGUUCUUAAUCAUUACCAAAUGUGGUCAAACAAUAAAUAUUCAAAACUAUCUGCGUGAAAAAUGCACUUGUACUUUGUACUUUGGCAAAGGGGAGAGGCAAAAGUCUCACAAACCAACACUAAUGGCUAUUAGAGGACUUGAACAGGAAAAGGUUCGAUAGGAGGCCAAUGGAGACUUAUCCAGAUUUACGACUGAUAUAUCCCUCCUAACAGCAUAAUGAAAUCUUCUCACGGUGUUAGGAUGGAUGCUGCUUUUGUUGGUCAGACAGAUUAACCUUUGUAUAAUGAAACAAUGUAACCUCAGUACGAAUUUUCUUCUCAGUUUUGUCCCCAAAUGACAAAUGACAGAAGCACUACAUGCUUCAAGGGUCUCCUGCUGUUCGUCAGGACAAUACACCUGCUUUAGCUAAUAAUGUAUUUCUAAUUAUCUGAUGUAUCCAAUGUGGAUUGUUGGAACACUGAUUGUCCCUAGAACAUAUAUUUCGAGAUGGAAGGGGUGCUGACAAAUGUGUUAAGGAAAAAGUCAAACUGGUGGCACAUCCUGUCGUUAAUCCGAUGGAAAAUCAAUCACUUCAGUCAUCCAAUUAGCACUUCCUGAGUGGCCUCCACGUUAGAUAAUGAUUCGCUAGAAGUCGGUUCUCGGAGGGAGGAAGGUGACACCUCGGCUAAACUGUGAUCAGAGCAGGGGGGUGGGGGGGGGAUUCAUGGCAGAAAAGUGAGUUAAUCCUGUCUCAGGCGAUUCUUGGGCGAGUGUUCACAUAUGGGAGUGUGUGAGUGUGUGCAUGUGUGUUUAAACUUACAGGCUAAGGCGAGUGUGUGUGUGUGUGUGUGUGCGUGUGCGUGUGUGUGUACAUGUGUGUGCUCUUGUCAGUGUCGAAUGGCUUUGUAUAGCUCCAAAUUACCAAGGUUCAUAGUUGAUCACUAAAUACUGCUGCAUAUAUUAUAUGUCACAAGCUACUGUAAAUUAUUUAAUAUAAACAAAUAAAAAUCAUUCUUUCAAAGUUUAAAAAA